GAUCUUGUUAGGAUCUAAAUCCCAAACUUAUGAAUUAUGACAUAGAAGUACUUAGCAUUUCUCCACUAUCCACCAUUAAUUAUCAUCAUAAACAUCUUCAAGAAUUAACCAAGAUCUCUCUUUUUUAAGGGAAAAAUUAAUCAAACAUUAAAAACAACAAUUAAUGUAAAGUACUCAGAUACUCCAAGUAACAAGUCAUCAAAAAUAAAAUAAAAUUUCCCAAGAUUCAUCAUUUUUUUUUCGAUUUUUUUAAAAAAGAGUUCAUUCUCCUUCAAAAGAACUCAUCUUUCAGCAGAUCCGACCGUUGGGUGAGACCAAAUUCUCUCUCAUCUACAAUCAUCAUGCUCACCACCACCGUUGGAUCUUUCUCUAUCUUCAUCUUCACCGUCAUUUUCGUCACUUCCCCUGUUUUUGCCUCUGAAUCUGAUCACAAGUAUACAGCAAGUGAACAUGUGACUCUUUGGGUGAACAAGGUCGGUCCAUACAACAAUCCACAAGAAACUUAUAACUACUACAGCCUUCCCUUUUGUCGUUCAUCUGCAAAUUCUGGCCACAGAUGGGGUGGCUUGGGUGAGGUUCUUGGUGGUAAUGAACUCAUUGACAGCCAAAUCGAUAUUAAGUUUGGAAAAAAUACUGAGAAGACAACCAUAUGUGAACUUGAACUUGAUCCUACCAAAGCCAAACAGUUCAGAGAUGCAAUUGAAAAUUCGUACUGGUUUGAGUUCUUUAUUGAUGAUUUACCUCUAUGGGGUUUCGUGGGAGAACUUCAUUUUGAUAAAAACAUUGAAAAUGCUAAGCAUGUUCUAUAUACAAACAAGAACUUUAUUAUCAAAUAUAAUGAUAAUCAGAUCAUUCAUGUUAAUAUCACUCAGGAUGGUGCCAAGCCAGUGGAAGAGGGGAAGGUAUAUGACAUGACGUACACAGUCACAUGGAUUCCAACAAAUGUUACCUUUGCCAAGCGUUUUGAUGUGUACCUUGAUUACCCCUUCUUUGAGCAUCAGAUCCAUUGGUUCUCCAUUUUCAAUUCGUUCAUGAUGGUCAUCUUCUUGACUGGGUUGGUGUCUAUGAUACUGAUGCGGACUCUGAGAAAUGACUAUGCGAAGUAUGCUAGGGAAGAUGAUGAUUUGGAAACCUUGGAAAGGGAUGUCAGUGAAGAGUCUGGUUGGAAACUUGUUCAUGGGGAUGUUUUCCGUUCUCCUCGUUAUUUGGCUCUGCUUACAGCUGUUGUUGGUAUUGGGGCGCAGCUGACAACUCUGGUUCUCCUUGUCAUCAUUUUGGCGAUUGUUGGAAUGUUGUAUAUAGGGAGGGGAGCUAUCGUCACAACAUUCAUUGUUUGUUAUGCCUUGACUUCAUUUAUAUCAGGCUACGUGAGCGGUGGAAUGUAUUCCCGCAACGGUGGUAAAAGUUGGAUAAAAACGAUGAUCCUGACAGCCUCCCUUUUCCCGUUCUUGUGCUUUGGGAUUGGAUUCAUCUUGAACACUAUUGCUAUAUUCUAUGGAUCUCUGGCUGCUAUCCCCUUCGGAACUAUUGUUGUAGUAUUUGUCAUUUGGGCUUUUAUCUCCUUCCCUCUCGCACUCCUUGGCACUGUUGUUGGACGGAACUGGAGUGGAUCUCCAAACAAUCCAUGUCGGGUCAAGACUAUCCCUCGACCUAUUCCGGAGAAGAAAUGGUACCUAACUCCAUCAGUGAUAUCUCUUAUGGGUGGGUUGCUGCCCUUCGGGAGCAUCUUCAUUGAGAUGUAUUUUGUGUUUACAUCCUUUUGGAAUUACAAGGUGUACUAUGUCUAUGGCUUCAUGCUCCUUGUAUUUUUGAUUCUUGUCAUUGUUACUGUCUGUGUGACGAUUGUGGGGACGUAUUUCUUGUUAAAUGCUGAGAAUUACCAUUGGCAAUGGACUUCAUUCUUUUCUGCUGCUUCCACUGCAAUCUAUGUCUACCUAUACUCGAUUUACUACUAUCAUGUGAAGACCAAAAUGACGGGAUUCUUCCAGAUCAGCUUUUAUUUUGGUUACACUAUGAUGUUCUGCCUUGGGUUAGGAAUCCUUUGCGGGGCAGUUGGAUUCCUAGGCUCCAACUUAUUUGUACGAAGGAUCUACAAAAACAUCAAGUGCGACUAAAUUGUGCAGUGUCUCAUGAACAUGUUUGUUUUGUGCUGUCAACUCUGUUGCUGUCACAAACUUGGAAAAGGGAUACCUGUUCAGGAGAUGGAUCUCAUAGGACCAAAUACCAGAAAAUUGCCUCAUCAAGAAUUGAGAAAGCGAGUUUCAGGGUACCGGCAAAGCUAAGCUUUGUGGGAAUAUGUAAUUUUUGUAGAAGAUGCAAUUUUUUCACUGUAACUUUAGUAGUUAUAUACUGGAAUAGAAGAGAUGUGAUUUGGGUAGAACACCCUUCAUUCUAUAUUUUACAAUGGUCUCUUCUUGCCAUUCUCACACUGGUGCAUAAUAUAUAAAGAUUUUACCCUUGUUAA